AUGUUUAUUGGUUUUUUACUUAUUACGGCCGAAAUCUGUACAGCCUUUCUGAACGAGAUGCCAUUCAUCGACAACGGCAUGCCUUUCAAGGACGGUGCUCGGUGUUUCUCAUGCAUGUCUCGGUUAUAUGAAGCUGUGUGGCCGUCGUUAUCACAUAUCUACAAGAGGCCGAGGAAUUUCACAGAUGACUGUAACGAUGAUCGGCUCGCCGAGGGACGAGUGCCAGCCGUUCAUUGCUGCAGAUAUGUGUGUCGAUGUAACGAGGCUCCUCAUAUGCAGGGUUCAACGAGACCAUUCGUUAGCUGGUAUCGAUGGAUGCAAAGAGACUCCUGUCGUCCGUACAGGAAAAAGGAGCUGUUCAAAUUAGGCGGUGAUCAGGUCGAUGAGUCCACGAUUGAUGUGUGCACGUGCUAUGCGGAUUACUGUAAUGGAAAUUCGUCGGCGACAUUAUCGACGUUAUUGAUUUCAUUUAUGAUCACAUUAACAUAUAUUUUAAUAUCUAUUUACUGA